CUUGAAAAUCAAUGUACACUUGCCCACGCCCUGUGCCGUGAGGGUCCAUACCGUGUUCCGUGCGAGUCGGCGGGGCUCAGUUAUACCGGCUACCCGAACUGCCGAGUGCGAGAGAAGUAGGAGGCAAGAGGCAGGAUACUCGAGGGUAUCGCGGCGUGGGGUGUGCGACUCGCGUUCGAAAGCCAAAAGGCCAACUGCAGGCCGAAGUUCAACACCGGGAAAUGCACACCGUUAACUUAAGCCCCCAUCGGCUGGUCCAUCGGUGAUGCAGAAGUCCGAGGAUAGUGGACGGAUGUCAACGCGUUCCAAUGCGGUUAUCAGAGCCUGCACAUUAACCGGGGGAUCAUCGUCUCGACAGCGAAAUAGCUGGAGCACGACGCCGCUCGUUGCCAUGGAUCCGCAAGGAGGGAGAAACGCGUGCCAUUUGACAGGAACCGAUUGUGAUAGCUCGACAUGUCCCUCAGGAACGGGGAUCCACCGUCGCUGAAUUUCCUCCUAUUGAUCUUGCUCGUAUCUGGAAUUGGCAUGGGAUGUAGUUGACGAUAUUUCGAGUGCAGGGAAGCGAGCGGUCGCGGAGAGGAGAAACGUACGUUCCGACGACAUGAACGUAACAACAACGGAGAGCCUCCACCGUCACAGCAACGAGAGCCUUAAUUCGACGUUCGAGACCGCAUUGGAGGGUGUCGAUCCCAACGUUGGAUUAACGACGCGUUACACCAUCUUCGAGAUUGUCCUCAUCACCAUAGUCGCCGUGUGCCUCAGUCUGGCCACCGUGAUCGGCAAUAGCAUGGUCAUGAUAUCGUUCAAGAUAGAUAAACGGCUUCAGACGAUAUCGAACUACUUUCUCUUCAGCCUGGCCGUCGCCGAUCUGGCAAUCGGUCUCAUAUCCAUGCCCCUUUUCACAGUCUCCACCCUCCUCGGUUAUUGGCCCCUGGGACCCCAUAUUUGCGACACAUGGCUCGCACUAGACUACCUGGCGAGCAACGCUUCGGUUCUCAACCUCCUCAUCAUCAGCUUCGACAGGUACUUCUCGGUGACCAGGCCCCUCACGUACAGAGCAAAACGAACCACCUUCAGAGCUGGUAUAAUGAUCGCUUGCGCUUGGGGAAUAUCCAUACUGCUUUGGCCACCGUGGAUUUACGCUUGGCCCUAUAUCGAGGGCGAACGUACAGUACCCGACAAUGCCUGCUACAUACAGUUCAUCGAAACAAAUCACUACAUUACUUUUGGCACGGCAAUCGCAGCGUUUUAUGUACCUGUUAGCGUAAUGUGUUUCCUUUAUUGGAGAAUAUGGAGGGAAACUGAAAAGCGUAAAAAGGAUUUGCCAAAUUUGCAAGCCGGAAAGAAGGACGCUAGCAAACGCAGCAACUCGAGGUACAUGCAUAGCGACGAGGCUUUGGACUUGGACGAAUGGAAACGGCAACGAAGCGAGUCCAACGUCGGGGCCGACGAAAUCAAUACAACGUACAUUACGUCGUCUUGUAUCGAUGGUCGCUACUCCGAAUAUAAAAUCAAACAUCGGCCGUUCUCUUGGAUCUGGCUCAAGUCUUGGUGCAUUGCGUGGUGGCACAGCGGACGUGAAGACGACGACGACGAUGACGAAGUUGGGGGUCCGGAAAGCAGCAGGACGGGACAUGGCUGGGAAGAAACCCUGACCCCUAUAUCGGCGGAGACGCCUCUUCCGAGCAACAUGUCGCGAUGCCCUUCCCUGAGCGUCAUUCAAUCCACCGGAAUAUCAAUCGGUCGCAAUAAUUCCCCGGCCUGCACGAUAUGUCCGAGCUACGGUGGGGUAACGGAAAAAGGUCGGCUCACCACGAAGAGUACUUCGAAUGAUUCGGUGUACACGAUACUGAUAAGACUACCUACCGCAGAUGGAAACGGCCAAGCCUAUGGUAGCGAUGUUCCUAGCAUUAAAAUGUACUCAGACGACAUGGUGGGUCUACGGAUAAAUCACGCGGUGGAGAACUUCGAUGAAAACUACAAGUUCUCGCUGCGUGGUCACGGCGAAUGUCACGGUUUCACAGGACCCGCAGCACCGGCGCUGAGGCGGCCUUCGCACAUAUCGGAAAUGAGGACGCCACCGUUGAACGACAAGAUAGUACCGAAGCAGGUAACGGGGGGUGGCGGUAGUGGCGGUAGUGGUGGUGGUGGUGGCGGUAGUGGUAGUGGUGUUGGUGGUAGGGGUUUGCUCAACAAGACGCCGAAUAAGAAGAAGAAGAAGCCGCAGGAGAAGAAGGCGGACACAAAGGCGGCCAAAACGCUUUCGGCGAUUCUACUUGCGUUUAUAAUAACCUGGACACCGUACAAUAUACUUGUAUUGUUGAAACCGUUGACCGCGUGCGUUGGCUGCAUUCCUCAAGAAUUGUGGGACUUUUUCUAUUAUCUUUGUUACAUUAAUAGUACGAUUAAUCCUGUGUGUUACGCGUUGUGCAACGCGUCGUUUCGUAGAACGUACGUAAGAAUACUCACAUGUAAAUGGCAUAGUAGGGACAGAACGGCGGUGAACCGAGGAUAUUAUAAUUGAAUGAUUAAUUAUCGACGUGUGAUGAUAACACGCGAGUUACGUAAAACGAGUAAUCAAUUGUCGAGUAUAGUAGUCGUUGUGCAGUUUGAUAGUUAUAUUACCAUUACAUCCACCGUUGGAACGUCGCCCGAUUAUCGUCCGCGUGAAUAACGUAUACAUAUGUAUGUGUAAUAUAUAUAUAUAUAUAUAUAUAUAUAUAUAUAUAUAUAUAUAUAUAUAUAUAUAUAUAUACAAACACACCUUCGCGCACAUAAAAUACAUAUGUAGUACAGGUAUAUCUCAUGUAUACAUAUAUACCGACGAAACGGUUGGCACUUUGCAACGGGUAAUAAGAUAAUCUCGUCGAGGCGUACAAGUAUAAUACGAUUAAAAAAAUAAAAUAAAAAUAAAAUGGCGCGGGCGCGGGCGCUGCUAUACGAGCUAUAGAAUCGAACGAGUAUAUUUAUAAUAAUAAAUAACGAAUGUUUUAUCGAAAUAUUAUUGUGAGAAGGUGAAGAAAAAAAUAGAAAAUUGCGAAAAAAAAAGAAAAAAACUAAAACGACUAUACAGAAGAAAAAAAAAAAAAAAAAUACUCGUCGUCGUGUGGGAUGACGAGGAUAUAAAUAAA